GUUACUUUUCAGAGAGAGAGAGAGAGAGAUGUGGUUGUUUAACAGAAAAGGGCCAUCUGGGUUUUCAGCUUCUACUACAGCUGAGGAAGUUACAGAAGGGAUUGAUGGGACUGGUCUCACUGCCAUUGUCACAGGGGGAUCAAGUGGUAUUGGCACUGAAACUGCACGUGUUCUUGCCUUGCGUGGUGUCCAUGUAGUUAUGGGUGUUAGGAAUAUGACAGCUGGUAGGGAGGUCAAAGAAGCAAUGGUCAAAGGAAACCCCAGUGCUAAAAUUGAUGCUAUGGAGUUAGAUCUAAGUUCGAUGGCAUCAGUAAGAAAAUUUGCUGAAGAGUUCAAUUCCUCGGGUCUUCCACUAAGCAUUCUCAUUAACAAUGCAGGAGUCAUGGCAACACCAUUCAUGCUUUCCAAAGAUAACAUUGAACUACAAUUUGCAACAAACCACCUAGGUCAUUUUCUUUUGACAAAUCUAUUGUUGGAGAAAAUGAAAAAAACAGCACUUGAAUCUGGCAGAGAAGGAAGGAUUGUGAAUGUCUCUUCACGCCGUCACCAAUUUUCAUAUCGUGAAGGGAUUUGGUUUGACAAAAUCAAUGAUCCAUCAGGAUAUAACGGUUUAUCUGCAUAUGGUCAAUCAAAGCUUGCUAAUAUUCUGCAUGCUAAUGAACUUUCUAGACGGCUAAAGGAAAAUGGGGCAGAGAUAACUGCAAAUUCAGUGCAUCCUGGAGCAGUUGCUACUGAUCUUUUCCGUCAUCAAAGCUUUGUCAGUGGUCUGAUUGGUCUUCUUGGUAAAUAUAUGAUUAAAAAUGUUCAACAGGGGGCAGCAACAACAUGUUAUGUGGCAUUGCAUCCACAAGUUAAAGGGGUUAGUGGCCACUAUUUUGCAGACAGUAACAAAGUUGAAGCAAGCCCUCAAGCUAAUGAUUCUGAGCUGGCGAAGAAACUCUGGAAUUUCAGCUUGAAUAUGAUUGACAGAUGUACUCCUGUUUCAUAGAGUUUAUGUACUGUUUGAUUAAUAAUUUAUGUAUUAAAAAUUCACACUAUCUUGUGUUUUCUACUCACUUAAGAGAGAAAUAUAUAUGCUGUAAUAUAUUUGUGAAUUUGGAAGACCUAUUUAUCAUUGUAAAUUUGUAAGUCAUUGUGACUUACAAAGGAAACCCUGUGUGGCUUUUCAGGGCAAAGGGGAACCACCCGGGUUCGUUUUUUCCUCCGAUGAAUAAACCACUGUUCUGUAGGGAUAUGGAUCCUCUUCAUUUC